GUUUGAAACUAGAAACGUCAGUCGUGUGACGCCGUGUACGUGAGACAACCGCUCAAAUCAAUUAGUGCAGCUAUCCGAUCGCGUCCUGACAAUUUGGAAGUCUGUGGUUGCGCGGGAAAACAUAGUUUGGAUUCUUUUGUCACCUGUUGUUAAAAUGAAUUGGAGAUAUCUUGUAUUUCGUCUGACGUUUUUUGUUAUUAUUUCUGAAUGCACCACCUGCUUUAUUGGCAAUCAAAACCAUGAAUACAGAUUAAAAACGGGCAGUUCUUUUUACAUGGAGUGCCGAUGUGACGAGCGACCACCUGCAGUUGUUAUUCUAAAAUGGUUUGAUCCUAAUGAUAAGGAAAUAAUGCCACCGGGACCAGGUACAAAAUCGAACGUAUACACUGAAUGGUGGGACGAACUCACAAAUAGUUUGUACAUAACAAACAUGAGCAAAUCAUCAUCCGGUGAAUACAAGUGUUUCACUGUAUAUAACGAGACAACUUAUGUCCACACAUAUGACGUCCAAGCAUAUGAAGCACCAUACUUCAUCAAUACCAAAGAGACGCAAUAUGUCAUUAAUGGCAGCGAUGCACUAAUAACAUGUGAAGCCAAAGGUGAUAUUAAUCCCUUAAUUAGUUGGCACAAAGACAACUUUGAACCUAUUGAGAUAACAGAUGAUAAUAAGUACGAAAUAUCAUCAGAAGGAUUAUUAAUACACAACAUUAGUAUAGAAGACAACGGCGUGUACAAAUGCGUCGCUGCUGACUACGAAACUGGCGAAGAAGUUGCUAUCGACAUUAAAGUUGAGGUAGUCACAAUGCCAGAAAUAAUUGAACUUGUAGCUGUUCCUGAAAAUAUUGCUUAUGAAGGGGCAUCUAUUUCGAUGGAGUGUCUCGCACGUGGAACACCACCGCCAGAGUAUAGCUGGAAGAAGAUUUACAAAAAUGCGCAUGUUGAAGGCAAACCGAACUAUAAGCAAACAUUGAAUAAAAUAGAAUUUGAUAAUGUUGAUAAGAACGAUACGGGAAUAUACGAAUGUAUAGCUUCAAAUACAGCUGGAAAUGCCUCGAAACAAAUAAGAUUAAACGUCUUAGUUCCGCCAAAAAUAACGCAGUUUAAAAAUGCAACGGCCGUGGAAGAUGGCACCGUACAAGUUGUCUGCCGAGCUGAAGGAAUUCCUAUUCCGCAAAUAAAUGUUGCCUUUUUCGGUGAAUCUGACGAUUUAAGUAUAGUUUGGGAUAGCAAAGUUAUAAGUGAUACUGAGGCAGAGCUAUAUUUAUCUUUUUUAAGAGUAAAUAGAAGUCAUGAGGGGAGUUACAUUUGUAAUGCAACGAAUGAUGCGGACUCAGCAACCGCUGAAAUGUAUUUAACUGUAUUUUACAAACCCGUGUUUAAAGAACCGAUUGAGAAUGUCUGGGGUUGGAAUGGAAAUACAGUUAACCUAAGCUGCGACCAGGAGAGUAAUCCACCGGCGAAUAUAACAUGGAGAUACGAAAGUCGAGAUAUAUCAACUGAAAAACAAUUGGAAAUCAACAGGAUUAUACUAAACGAUAAUAAUGUACCCGUUACAUUUGACAACAACACAAUGUACGGGGUUUAUGAAUGCAUUGCCAAAAACGACUACGGUACAGCAAAGAAAGUCGUCGUAUUUUUGCAAGGCUUCGCACCGCCGCCUGUUAGAAAUGUGAUCAUAAUGAAUAUUACUUCAACGUCUGCGAUAUUUGCUAUCGUAGGACCAGAACAAAUUAAUGGACCGCCAGUCGUAGGAUUCACUGCGGAAUACGAUCUUUUGAAGAAUUAUAAUAUAACAGAUAUUCAUAUUAAUCGAACGUGGUCAAUCGACAGGCCAUACAAAAUAAAUAAGUUGAAGCCCAAUAGUACUUAUUUAAUUAAAUUCGCAGCGGUCAAUGAUGUGGGAGCGGGAUCUUGGAGCAAUUAUCUUGAAUUUGUUACACUUGAAAAAUCGAGCCCCGAAGAACCUACUUGGAGUACAGAUAUGGAAUCGAUAAAGAGUGGAAUCCUCAAAUGGAAAGUUGAAGAAGACAACGGCGAACAAAUUGAUUACUACGUAAUUCGCUAUUGUCCGGUGGUGUAUUUGGCAAUUCAAUAUAAUGAGUGCAUCGAAGAAACGAUUGACCCGACAAAUGAGUUUUAUUUAAACAAUUUAGAAGGAAAUAUGACGUAUUACUUCGAGCUGGUAGCUCACAAUGUUCUCGGAAAUUCAUCGAUUGCUUCGACAUACAUCACAUUACCAGAGCGAGAACCGGGAGCACUUACAGCUGGGUCAACAUUAGGAAUCGUCCUGGUGGCGGUAUUCCUAGGUCUAAUUCUUUUAGACUUCUUACUUCUGGUGCUAAAAAAGAAAGGCGUCAUUGCAAGUUGCGUUCACAAGAAGGAUAAGAAAACUGAGACGAUUAAUGCACGGGAUAGAAAAGGACUUCUUAGAGAAACCACAGAAAUUGGACGAUCAAGUGAUGGGCACAAGGAGUUUGAAUAUAAUAAAAACACGGGCGUCGUCACGGGGAAACAUUCUGCCGUAUGAUUUUGAUAAUCAGUAUAUAUUUUCGACACAAUUAUUUUUAAUGUGAAAUAUGUAAAACUAGUAAUAUAACUUAUUAUAUUACUAUGCGGACCUAACAUAAAGCUGCAUUGAACAUCUUUAUUUUUUCAUAAUAAUAAAUAUGAAACUUUUCACUAAACAAAACGCGAAAAUAAAGCGUUACUAACUCAAAUAACUAAACAAAUUCUCUUACCACAGGCAACAAUACAAAAAAGAUUCAAUUUCAGUUAUACGUCAGACCUACGCUUAUAUUAGAGUAUUUUAUUAAAAUAUAUAAAUCUUUUACAUACAAAAUUACUUAUAAUAACUGUUGAUUGCCUCUGAAGGUCGAUGAUUACCGCAUAAAAUUUCCAUGUUGUUACUCGUGCUACGUUAUGUUUAUGAUUAGGUAUAUACCUAUGUAAUAUGUAUGCAAUUGUAAAUAUUAGGAGCAUGUGUCUUUAUCGUCAUAUUUUUUAUUUGUAAUAGUUUACGUUACGUUUAAUUAAGGCUUCUUAAGUGAGGAAACACUAACCAAGGUUUGAACGAGGAAAUUUCAUAAUAGGUUUUUCAGUAGCUAUCGCAUUAGGUAUAGAGUAUCUUGUAUGUAAUUCUCUUAAACCUGAAACUCUGAAGCUAAACUACACAAAUAAUAUGGAAAUACAAUAAUUUGGUAUAAAUAUUAGUCAACAGUAUAGCACUAACGCCGCGGUUCUAAUAUUUUAUUGUAUAGUAUGUAAGUUAAAUCUAAAUUUUGAUAAGUUUCGGAUUAUAAUAUACUUAUUGUAUGUAUUUGAUAUAUUAAUGUACAUACAUUAAUUGAUGUUAUAGAUGUAACUCACCAAUUAUUUAUUUUAAAAUUUAGUAAUAGUUCUGUCUAUAAAUGUGUUGUAAAAACCAAAGAUUAUAAUAAAGUUUAAAAAA